UUCGCCCCAGCCCUCAAACGCAUAAAAGGAAUCCGCGAUGGCGCGAAACGACGAUCUUAUUUUUUUGCCCUAACAAAACUGCCGCCGCGGUGCGAUCCUCCUCCUCCUCCCCCUCGCAGCAGACCACCAUACGCGCAGAACAGCCGCAGCAGUGGGAGCCUUGCGUUCCUCUCUCUCCGUCUCUUAGCCAAUUUAGCGCAAAUGGUAAAAAUGAAGAUGAAACGGAGUGGUGGCAGUUUAGAAAGGGCGAUGUCACAACGCAGUAAAGAAGCUCCUGACUUCUUGCCUUUGGAAGGUGGUCCUGGGAGUCGAUUGCCUAAAGAAUAUGAAGAGCCAUCUGCAUUGAAUUCCAGUGUCUUGUAUAUCGGCCGCAUACCUCAUGGAUUUUAUGAAGAACAGAUGCAAGGUUUCUUUAAACAGUUUGGGACUAUCAAGAGAUUGCGGUUGGCACGAAACAGAAAGACAGGGAACUCUAAACAUUAUGGGUUCAUUAAAUUCGAGUCACCUGAGGUGGCUAAAAUUGUUGCUGAUUGUAUGCAUAAUUAUCUGCUAUUUGAGCACAUGCUACAAGUUCAUGUAGUUCCAUCUGAGAGAGUUCAUCCAAAUAUGUGGAAGCAGGCAAAGCAAAAAUAUGAUCCAUCAAGAGGGAGAAGACUUGAGCGGAUGAGACAUAAUAAGGACAGGACUGCUGAAGAGCACAAGAAGUUGGUGGAGGCAAUCAUGCGGAGGGAUCUUAAGCGAAGAAAGAAAAUAAAAGCUGCUUGUAUUGACUAUGAAUGUCCAGAUAUGGUAGGGAGUGUUCAGCCUAUCCCCACGAAAAUGAAGUUCUCGGAGGAAGAAUAGAUUGAUAUUUUUCUCUGUGAUUUUGCUUACCUAAAUGGGUGUAGCUUCAAUUUCCUAUUCCCAGAUUUGUUCACUUGCGAUAUAUACAGCAUUAUACUUCCGAAUGAAUUUAUCUGCAUAUUGCUAGAAAAUCUUACCUAGGUAUAACUGAAAAGCAGCCGAGUCAAAACUAACAUUUUGUCCUGUGGA